AUGGAGGAAACGGACUUUACUACUACUACUACUAAAGCGAAGUUGAUGAGAACGACGAGGACGGAGAUGAUGUCGUCGCAAAAUCAUCAUCAUCGAAAGUCGAAAAAACGCCUCGACUCCGCGGGGAGGACAUCUUUUUGCGACCACCUCGGCUUAGCCGAACAAAUCCACCGAAAAUCUCUGGACGUGAAAGAAAUGCAUCAGCUAUUAGUGGAACGGUUGAAAGGGAUGAAUCAUCACAUUCGAGAGGAGAAGGAAGAAGUUUCAAAGGGAGGAGAAGAGAUGGAAGGAGACGAUCGGCUUUUCUCAGGAGCCGCUUCUUGGCCAGAAAAUGGUCGAAAAGAGCAGAACGCCGAGGAGGAGGAAAAUUUUCCAGCGUCUAUCCGUUCUUCUUCUUCUUCUUCUCUGUUCAUGCACUCGCCGAUGACGAGUUUAAGCAACGCCGGAAGACGACAGAGCAGCAACCGAACAACGGGUUUUAGCGCUGAAGAAAGAAUAGAAGAAGAUAAUAAUACUAAUACCACCACGCGCGAGGAACAAGAAAUGAUCAAGAUGUUGCGAGAGUCGAAAGCGCAAAGGAGCGCGGCGGAGUUGAUGAUGUUAGAGGAAGAGGAGGAGGAGGAGGAGGAAAAGGAGGAGGAAGAUAUUUUCGCGACGAACCACCUGAGGAUGGAGGAGGAGGGAAAAACGAUGGCGACGACGACUGUGAUGUCUACGAGUAGGAACGGUACCGCCACUCCUACCACCAAGAAGAAAAAAUCCGCCGCCACGGAAACGGAUUACUUAAUCGACAUCGAAAAUUUGAAGAAAGAACGCAACGCGUUAAAGCGAGAACUCGCAGAGCUCGGGGAAGAUGUGGAAUAUCAUCGAAUGGCCUCGGCGGCGAGCAGAAUCGAGUGCGAUAACAACGAAGACGAAAAGCAACGGUUGGAAAUUGAGGUGCAAGAUUUAGAAAUAGAAAUAAGAGAGGUGGAGAAUCGAUUGGCGCAAGCGAGAGUGGAAAUGCAACACGCGGACCAAGAGGCGAGUUGUAAGAUUUCGUUUUUGAAAGAGUUGGACCACGAGCAAGGUGAAGCGGAGAGAGAGUUGGAGCAUUUGAAGGAGAGUUGUUUAGAGGAAGAGCGGAAGAUGGAGGAAAAACUCGCUGAGAGAGAAGCGGUGGAGGAAGCGUUGCACAGUUUGAGAGGAGAGUUGGAGGAGGAGAAGAUGUGGAAGGCACAGUUUGUGGACGAAGUGAGAGAGGCGGAAAGACAAGCCGAAGAGGCGACGACGGCAAUGAAAAACGCGAACGAAAAGACGCGAAUAGAGAGGAAGAAUUGCCAGUUGUUGGAUCAAAAGAGACGAGCGUUGGCGAAAGAGUGCGAGAAAUUGUUGGAGAUGAAGAAAGAUUUCGAGAAUUUUUUGGAAGUGAAGACGAGAGAAGACGUGUUAUUGCUCGAUGAAACAGAAGAAGGGGAAGAAGAUUUUCCGGUCGUGGACGACGAAGAAAAAGAUCAAGAAGAGGAGGAGGAGGAAGAAGAGGACGACGCGCCGAACGGAUCGCCGUCCUCAACAUUUUCGACGCCGGGAAAAGAUUCGGAUUACACGCAAUACUCUCCAGACUCGCCGUUACCUCCGCAACAUCAAAAAAAGUACUCCUUUAAGGAAGAACAAGAAGCGUUUACGCCGAGUGGAUCUGUGAAAACGUCCCCACGCGUAACCGCGCUCAUCGAGAAGGCGGCGAAAUCGCCUCUCAGAGCAAACGUAGGAAACGGAAUAGUAGUAGAAGAAGAAGAAGAAGAAGAAGAAGAAAGAAGGGUAAACGUUCGACGACGACAACAACCACAACCACAACCACAACAACAAGAUCACCUCCUCUCCCCGUGGUUGAUGACGUUCGAGGACACGCCUCCAGAAAAGAAACAAAACUUGAUCGAUUUGAAAACGCCUCCGGCUCCUCGGGAGGAGUCGUACGAGUCGGUUCGAUUACAAGCCGAGUUUAUCAAAAUGCAGCAAAACGCAGCCGCCUUGGAACGGAAAAAGCAAAGUAGAAGUAGCGGUAAACCAAAGAAAGUAAACAACAGCGACGACGCCGAAGAUCAAAAAGAACAAGAGCUCUUCGCUUUACGCGAAAAGCUCGAAACGCAAGAGCGGCGCUUGCGCCAACUCGAAGCCGUCACCGCGAAGAGCGCCUCCUCUUUGACCGUACCAAAACAACAUCGCUCUCAACAACAACAACAACAACAACAACAACAACGCGCGACGACGACGACGAAAAUAAAUCGCGAAAACGAGGAAAAGAAAAUCGAAGCUCGAGUUCGUUUACUCCAAGCUUUGCGAAUAAAAUGA